AGGGAGCUGGGAGCGCCCCUCCUUUCCCCACUAUCUGAGAGGCCGCGAGGUUUCAGUUUGAGAUCGGUGAAGACGAGAAUCUCGCGAGGAACGCGAUUGCAGCUUAACUUUUGAAGGGCGGUGGAGGCGCAAAGGGGUCGUCGUUCCUCUGUGGGCUCUCUUUUCGUGACCUCCUUGGCCUUCACGCUGGAGGUCUGGGGUUUUCCUUUGUGCGUCAUCCUUUACCAGAGAAAUGGGCGCUAACCCCUAGUCUAGACACGGUGAGGACCUCUGGGAGGAGAAUCUUCGGGUCCUAGAUUUUGCGGCGGCCUGGGUAGGGCCUCUUUGACCUACCCCAGCCCCUUGUGCCCAGGAAUGGGUGUUUCUUGACGUAAACCUGUGGUUAAUGGGACUCUGCCGCAAGUUAGUCCCGCCCUUUCUGUAGCGGGUCAAACUUACUGGAGAAGGAUACCCCAGGGCGACUCCUGGCCAGCUUUAAUUAGCAAUAGUAAAAGUUUGCAAGCACUGGAAGAAGACUUUUGUAAAGGAACUUUAUACAACAUGGAUUCUCUACCAGAAGAAUUUUUUGUGAGGGACGCUGCAGUGGAGGAGCAGACUGAAGAGGAAACUGAGAGUGAAGUAGAAAAAUCAACCAUUGAACCAGACAAACAGAAAAAGGACAUACCUACUGAUCUUGUCCCUGGUGACCUACUAUUAGAGGUGAAGAAGUUAUUAAAUGCAAUUAAUACUCUACCAAAAGGAGUGGUUCCUCAUAUUAAGAAGUUCUUACAAGAAGAUUUUUCUUUCCAGACAAUGCAGAGAGAAGUUGCAGCCAGUAGCCAGAAUGGAGAGGAAAUUGUUCCUGCUUUAACUUUACGUUUUUUGAUAACGCAACUGGAAACAGCUCUUAGAAACAUUCAAGCUACUAAUUAUACUGCAUACCAAAUUGAUAUUGGUUAUUACUUAACAUUACUGUUUUUAUAUGGAGUAUCACUUACAGAAAGAGGGAAGAAAGAAGAUUAUACAGAAGCUGAGAAUAAAUUUCUGGUGAUGAAGAUGGUGAUCCAAGAAAAUGAAAUUUGUGAAAAUUUUAUGUCUUUAGUCUAUUUUGGACGUGGUUUACUCCGAUGUGCUCAAAAGAGGUAUAAUGGAGGACUGCUAGAAUUUCAUAAAAGCUUACAAGAAAUAGGAGAUAUAAAUGAUCGUUGGUUUGACAUAGAUCCUACAGAAGAUGAAGAUUUACCAACAACUUUUAAAGAUCUCCUCAAUAGUUUUAUCAAGACAACUGAAAGUAACAUAAUGAAACAGACCAUUUGUAGUUAUCUAGAUUGUGAGCGAUCUUGUGAAGCUGACAUUUUAAAGAACACAAAUUAUAAGGGUUUUUUCCAGUUAAUGUGCAGUAAAAAUUGCUGUAUUUAUUUCCACAAAAUUUGUUGGAAAAAAUUCAAGAAUUUAAAAUAUCCUGGUGAAAAUGAUCAGAGUUUUAGUGGGAAAACGUGUUUGAAGGAAGGAUGCACAGGUGACAUGGUAAGGAUGCUACAAGGUGAUGUACCUGGAAUUGUUAAAAUUUUGUUUGAAGUCGUGAGAAAAGAUGAAUAUAUAACCAUUGAAAAUUUAGGAGCAAGUUAUAAGAAGUUGAUGUCUCUGAAAAUAGCUGAUACUGAUAUAAGACCGAAGAUCAGUUUAAAAUUUAAUACAAAAGAUGAAAUGCCUAUCUUCAAACUUGAUUAUAAUUAUUUCUAUCAUCUGCUUCAUAUAAUUAUUAUUUCUGGUACUGACAUUGUCCGGCAAAUAUUCGAUGAGGCUAUGCCACCCCCUCUUUUGAAAAAAGAGCUGCUCAUCCACAAGAAUGUACUGGAAUCCUACUACAACCAUCUUUGGACCAAUCACCCUUUGGGUGGAUCAUGGCAUCUGCUUUAUCCCCCAAACAAAGAGCUACCACAAUCCAAACAGUUUGAUUUAUGCCUCCUAUUAGCUCUAAUAAAACAUUUGAAUGUAUUCCCUGCACCCAAAAAAGGCUGGAAUAUGGAACCACCAUCUUCUGACCUCUCUAAGUCUGCAGACAUUCUGAGACUAUGCAAUUACAGGGAUAUCCUCCUUAGUGAGAUUUUGAUGAAUGGGCUCACAGAGUCACAAUUCAAUUCAAUUUGGAAAAAAGUUUCAGAUAUUCUUCUGCGUCUUGGGAUGAAGCAAGAGGAUAUCGACAAAGUGAAGGAGAAUCCCAUUGAGAAUAUUUCCCUUGAUUACCAUCAGCUAUCCAUCUACCUAGGCAUACCAGUACCAGAAAUCAUCCAAAGGAUGCUAUCCUGCUAUCAACAAGGAAUUGCUCUACAGUCUAUAACAGGAAGUCAACAUAUUGAAAUAGAAGAGCUACAGAAUGAGGAAGAAGACCUAAGUCCACCACUUAUGGAAUACAAUAUAAAUGUGAAAUCAAACCGUGAAAUACAGUUAGCAGAAAUGAAUAAAGAUGAAGCUUCUAUACCCAGUGAAUCUUCAACAGAAUCUAUUAAGGAUCUCCAAGAAGUAAAGAGUAAACCAAAGAAAAAGAAAGUAACAAAGAAUAAAAAGACUAAGGAUUCAAAAGAAGAAAAAGUUUCAUGUAUGAGAGAAAAAGAAGAGCCACUGAAGAAAGAACAAACAAAUUCAUACCCAGUGAGUAGAUUUUUGAAGGAUGAUGCAAGUGAUGUUCAAGAAGACUCUGCAACUGAAGACAAGUUCUAUAGCCUGGAUGAACUGCAUAUUCUGGACAUGAUAGAGCAGGGCUCACCUGGCAAGGUAACAACAGACUAUGGAGAAACUGAAAAGGAAAGGCUUGCUCAUCAACAGCAGCUUUAUAAAUUGCAUUAUCAGUGUGAGGAUUUCAAAAGGCAGUUGAAAACUAUGACAUUUCGGUGGCAAGAAAAUCAAAUGCAAAUCAAAAAGAAGGAAAAAAUAAUCGCAUCUCUUAACCAACAAGUGACUUUUGGAAUCAAUAAAGUUUCUAAAUUACAACGUCAAGUCCAUGCUAAAGAUAAUGAAAUCAAGAACCUUAAAGAACAACUUUCCAUGAAAAGAUCUCAGUGGGAAAUGGAGAAGCAUGAUCUGGAAAGCACAAUUAAAACAUAUUUAAGCAAACUGAAUGCAGAAACUAGCAGAGCCUUAACGGCUGAGGUGUAUUUCUUACAGUGCCGUAGAGACUUUGGAUUGCUUCAUCUAGAGCAGACUGAAAAAGAAUGCCUCAGUCAGCUUUCUAGGGUGACUCACAUGGCAGCAAGCAGCCUAGAAUCACUUCAAUUAAAGGCUGCAGUAGAUAGUUGGAAUUCUAUUGUGGCGGAUGUUAGAAACAAGAUUGCAAUCCUCAGGACACAGUACAAUGAACAAAUCAACAAGGUGAAGCAAGGAUUUCCCUUGAGUAGCUUGCCUCCAAUCCAGCUUCCUCCACCACCGCCCAGUCCUGAGUUACUGAUGCAGCAGUACUUGGGAAGACCAAUUGUAAAAGACUCUUUCUUUAGACCAAUACUUACUGUUCCUCAAAUGCCUGCAAUUUGCCCUGCAGUCAUCUCUGCAACUGCCCAACCUAGACCUCCCUUAAUGACUGGCAUAGCCUGGACCAUGCCAACGCCUGUAGGAGAGACCGUGCCUCCCAGUGCAGGUCUGGGAACUGAUCUUUCCAUGAUGAAUUGGGAGAGGAUCACAGACAGGCUAAAAACUGCUUUUCCGCAACAAACCAGAAAGGAGCUUACAGAUUUCUUACGAAAAUUGAAGGAGGCUCAUGGGAAGUCUUUAUCUGGACUGACAUGUGAUGAAAUUGUUUACAAGAUUUCCCAAUUUAUUGAUCCCAAGAAGUGUCAGAGUCAAGGAAAAUCAGUGCCAAAUGGUAGUGUUUCACCUAGCGAUUCUUCAUCACAGCCCAAUGCUGCCCAACCCCCAAAGUCAACCUGGAAGCCCCUCAGUUCACAAGGUUCUGCCACAUGGGAAGGAGCCAGUAAUGUGGAUGAAGAGGAAGAAGAAGAGCCUUGUGUGAUCUGUCAUGAGAAUCUGUCUCCAGAAAACCUUUCAGUUUUACCUUGUGCUCACAAAUUCCACUCUCAGUGCAUUAGGCCAUGGUUGAUGCAACAAGGGACAUGCCCAACCUGUAGACUCCAUGUUUUGCUACCAGACGAAUUCCCUGGUCACACCAGCCAGCAGUUACCCAAGGUUGUGUGAGCAGUGUGAACCAGUAUGCUCUUCAAUAUUGUGCUAAACAAGCUAGCUAAUUGCAUCAAAGUGGCAGCCAAAGAGAUCAAGGCAGAUCUUCAGGACUUGUGAAUUAAACUGAAGGGGUUUAAGAAGAUGGAAUUUUAAUAAUUACAAUAUAUUUGUUCUUAUCUUAGUGGACUUUUUCUUCUGUGGACAUAACUACUAUUAUAUUUCUUAUGGUUUUUUUCUUGUUGUUUUUCCUCUGUAUUCUACUCAUCUUUUCCUUUCAAAUAUACUGCAUCGUAAUUUUUAAAAAUAAAUUUAGGAGAAAAACUGAAAUAGUAAAGAAGGAAAAUUUCCACAGAUUUUAAUGUUCUGUUCAAAUUUUAAACUAGUUAUUAAAAUAUAAUUGAAUUACUUAAAUUGUAUUCCUGUC